AUGUCUCAGUGCACGAAGGCGAGUAAUAUCGGAGCUACACGUUCAUGUCAGUUUCGAAGCGAGUGCAGGUGUGGGCUUGAAGCUCCAUUGAUGACCUCAUGGACUGAUUUGAACCCAGGUAGACAUUUUUUUGGGUGUGGGAUGUACAAGGUACAGGGCCAUAAAAGGUGUAGCCACUUUGUUUGGUACGACGAUGAACUGUCUUCAAGGGCCAAGGAAAUUAUUUCUUCACUACAAAAAAAUUUGGAGCAAGAAAGGGCUAGAUUGGAUGAAGCUUAUACUAAAGUAGCAGAAGUGAAGAUGAAGUUGAAUGCAAUGAACUUACUGAUGAAAUUCUCAGUUUCAAUGACAUUUGUUAUGGCAGUAGGACUUGUGAUGCUAAAUGUAAUAAAGUAG